CCAGACGAUGGCCUCCUAGAGCAGCUCGUGCCCCCGCGUCUACCAACGAUCGAGAAGGAGAGCGCCCCCCCUCCCUGAUGUCGGUGUGUGUUUACCUCACUCGUUUAGCACAAACAAAAGCUAUGAAGAAAGAGUGCAAUGCUGUUCUUUAAUCAUUAAGGCGAUAAGGAAAGACGUGAUGAAUCCCCCUUACUGGGACAGGCUUCCAAGGGCCAGGUACGAUCAUGACCGACCUCAAUGUCCUGGAACAGAACAAGACAUGGGGCAAUACACAUUCAACUACAAUGAUCAACAUUAUCACCAGGACCACUAUAGAUACCAUCAAAGAGAACCACAAAGACCAACCAGGAGGAUGGACUAUGGACAGCACAGCAUUCCUUCUCCUUCUCCAUCUCCUGGUCUUAUUAGUUGCAGAGAACCAUCAGUAGAUCUUGGAUCAGACAGGACCGUUAUCCCAGACGGACCAUCAGUGGAAUUAGCUGAGAUAGACAAUGAGCUGGAGAGAAAGAAGAAAAAACUUGAAGAAAUCGAGAAUAGGAUUAUUCGGAAGAAAGCUGCAAUUGCCUUGAAGAAAAUCUUGCCCUAUUUGAGAAAAACCGAUGAGCUAUCUGACAAUCCAUUAGACGACCAGAAAGACUUAGUAGAGAGUUGUUUAACUACUACUAAUGAAUCUUCUCUGAAGGAGAGGGUGAACUCCAUUUUGCAGCUAAGGAAGUCUCUCGGCUUUCCAAAGAUGCACAGCAGAGACCCAAAGAGCUCCACAACAUAUGGGGUCGGCCGGCAGGAAGAUCAUCCCCUGAAGCUUCGUGUGAAGACACUGAUGGACAACAGAUCGAGAACACUCCGAGAGAAUCCUAGUUUUCCACCACCGACUGCCACCCUGGAUUCUAGGAUGUGGCAUGCAGUUGAUGGUCCGAAGAUGCAGCUCAACCCUUUGAGCCGGAGCCAACCUGAAUCCAGCACAGUUUAUGAGCCGUGGCCUACAGAGGGCGGUCAGACGAUGCAGGUGGACCCCUACCCACCCAUGGCCAGACCACAUGUUGACUGUCAGUCUCCUAAGGAGAGAGCUAAGGAGUCUCCAAGCCAAGACCCUGGACCUGGGCCGAUGCCUGGAUUAUCUGCAGGCUUCCAGCACGUCCAGCCUCACGGGAGAUCACAGACUCCACGCCCGGCCUCGCCAUCCCCUGCGCCCCCACAGAGACCCGCCAUAGCCCGCGGCAUGCAGCGGUUUCUCAACUUGCUUAACAAAGGGGUGGACAUGGAUUUGUUCACCAGUAUCGUCAACGACGACAGCAAGUCCGUCACCUCGGAUGUGGUGCUCCCGCUAAACCAGCCCCCGCGGAGAGAGCCUUCCAGGUCGGAGAACGAUCGGGCCGAACCUCAUCCGAAGGACAGCCAUCCGAGUCAGUCUGAGCCCCGGAGCCGUAGUCGAUGGAGCACUGAGCUCCCCGACACUGAAGGGUCUCCCAAAGAGAGGAGCAACUCCGCUAAUGAUGAUGGCAGAGGCAUCUCUGCCAUCAUCAGCAGCAGCAGACAUUGUCCUUUAAGCAGUGCAUCCAGUGGCCCGCGGGCGGAAGAAGAGAAUCCAAUGCAGUUACAGCUCCAGAACAUUCUGAAGACCCUGGGUUUGAGCCUGGACAAGGAGGAGAUGAGUGGACUCACAAGCCGCACUGACGAGAGGCUCAACGGGAAGAGGAAGGACAACGGACAGGGGUUCCACAACCCGUCAGGCAGUGAGAUGCCCUUUGAGCCGGCUCCUGAACCCUGUGACGGUACUUCUACCUCCGCUCCUCCCCAGUCCCGUCCUGCCGGCCGCCCUCCCCCCCAGCACAGAAAGGGAGAGGGCAUCGUGGAGGGCAGGAAGAGGAGGCGGCUCUCUCCCUGCAGCCAAUCAGUGGACAGAAGCUCUGGGGACAGCGGACAAAGAGGGAGAAGAACCGAUGGCCACAAGAGGCGGGAGACGGACAGCUGCGGAGACGCGGGGACGGACCCGACGCGGGACGGAGAGCCCAGUGGAGCCUCAGGGGCAGAGAAGAGGCAGAAGAGAGGUCGCCAUGGAGACCCCGAGACAUACAGCAGGCAGGAGGGAGAUCGCCAUGGAGACUCAGAGACAUACAGGAGGCGGGAUGGAGAUCGCCAUGGAGACUCGGAGACACACAGGAGGAAGGAUGGAGACCCCGAGACAUACAGGAGAAAGGAUGGAGAUCGCCAUGGAGUCCCGGAGACAUACAGGAGGCGGGAUGGAGAUCGCCAUGGAGACUCGGAAACAUGCAGGAGACAGGAUGGAGAUCACCAUGAAAACCCCAAGACAUACAGCAGGCAGGAUGAAGAUCGCCAUGGAGACCCAGAGACAUACAGGAGACGGGAUGGAGAUCGCCAUGGAGACUCUGAGACAUACAGGAAGCGGGAUGGAGAUCGCCAUGGAGACUCGGAGACAUACAUGAGGCAGGAUGAAGAUCGCCAUGGAAACCCCGAGACAUACAGCAGGCAGGAUGGAGAUCGCCAUGGAGACCCCGUGACAUACAGGAGGAAGGAUGGAGAUCGCCAUGGAGACCCCGUGACAUACAGGAGACAGGAUGGAGAUCGCCAUGGAGACCCCGAGACAUACAGGAGGCAGGAGGGAGAUCGCAAUGGAGACCCCGAGACAUACAGGAGGCAGGAGGGAGAUCGCCAUGGAGACCCAGAGACAUACAGCAGGCAGGACGAAGAUCGCCAUGGAGACCCGGAGACAUACAGGAGACAGGAUGGAGAUCGCCAUGGAGACUCGGAAACAUGCAGGAGACAGGAUGGAGAUCACCAUGGAAACCCCAAGACAUACAGCAGGCAGGAUGAAUCGCCAUGGAGACCCAGAGAAAUACAGGAGACGGGAUGGAGAUCGCCAUGGAGACUCUGAGACAUACAGGAGGCGGGAUGGAGAUCGCCAUGGAGACCCCGAGACAUACAGGAGACAGGAUGGAGAUCGCCAUGGAGACUCGGAGACAUACAGGAGGCGGGAUGGAGAUCGCCAUGGAGACCCGGAGACAUACAGGAGGAAUGAUGAAGAUCGCCAUGGAGACUCGGCAACAUGCAGGAGACAGGAUGGAGAUCACCAUGGAAACCCCAA